AUGGCGUCCAGCGCGGUGGCGUACGCGGCGCUCAUGAUCUGCUCCAGCGGCUGCUCGGUGUGCGGCAACUCCAUGCUUCUCCUGGUGGCGCUCCUCAACAACAACCUGCGCACCGACACCUGGCCGCUCACCUGCAGCUUCUGCCUGUGCGACCUGGCGCUGGGCCUGACCAUCAUGCCCUUCAGCGCCCACGCCAGCCUGUUCCGGCCCGUGGAGGGCUACCCCAGCGAGGGCGCGCUCUGCCAGGCCUCGGCCUUCCUCUUCGUCCUGCUCCAGCUGGCCUCCGUCCACUCGCUGACCUGGGCCACGGUGGACAAGUUCACGGAGAUCUGCUUCGCGCUGAGCUACGCCCGCGUCUUCACCGCGCGCCGCGUGCGGGCCGUGCUCGCUGCCGUCUGGGCCUACUGCCUGCUGAUCGCCGCGCUGCCGCUGGCGGGCUUCGGCAGCUACGGCUACGGCGAGGGCCGCCGCGUGUGCGCGCCCAGCUUCCGCAGCUCGUGCGUGGGCUUCAACGUGCUCUUCGUGGGCCUGGGCGUCAUCGCGCCCAUCCUGGCCAUGUGCUGCCUGUACGGCUACAUCGUCUACGUGGCCAAGAAGCAGGCGCGCCGCGGCACCUUCGUCUGCAACGAGCAGCACUGCUUCUACGUGCCCGCCAACAACUACCUCCGCAGCUCCGUCGUCAUGAUCGCCACCGUAGUGUGUCUGUUGGUGUGCUGGCUGCCCUACAUCGUGAUUUGCUUCUACGAAUCACUGACGGGGAAGGAGAGCCCAGAGCCCGCCUCUGCUGUGGCCACAUGGCUGAUGCUCUUCACCUCCGCACUCAACCCCUGGAUCAACUCCAUGACUCAGACACGCUACCGGGCGGCUCUGCGGCUCAGUCUGACCAAGCUGCGGCAGAUGUUCCAGCAGCGGCGCAAGAAAACCUCCCUGACUCAGAUAACGGCCACCCAGCCGUCCAGCGCCAGAGAAAGCUGCUCGUCCGCACCACAGCCCCCCGCCGGCCAAUCACGAGUGCCCGCAGGCAUUUCCCAGCAUCCCACGGGGCAUGAGCAUCAGCACAAACCCAGCACAUGAGCACGAGCCCAGUAGAUAGCACAGUCCAGGACCGAGUCGAUCACAGCAUGCACAUCAACGGGUUAGAAAAAAAAAAAAACAUUAACCAAAAAAAAGAAAAAAAGGAAAACACAAAGCAACAAGCCAUAUGGAGGCCGCAGGAUGACUAAGAGACAUUUGCAUUUUUCCGGCACUUUCCAAGCCAAGCGUGUGCGCAGCGGCGACAUGUGAGGGAGUGUGAGGAGGAGUGAGGAGGCAGGAGUGCACUAAAGACUUCUCUUUCUACAAAAGGACGGCUCGUCUGCAUACCACUGUGUCAAUGCCACAGCGGGGACCACUAAAGGACCUUCUCUAGCCGCUCAAGUUAAAAAAAAAACAACAGCUUGCUCACUUGCCAACACGUGCACUCUCAAUGGCAGCAGUGGGCACGACUCACACUGCGCCAAACACAACAAAGGGUUCAGGAUGUUUUCAAGCCCUGGCUACAUUAUUUUGUAUUAUUUAUUAAAAUAAAAUAAA